AGCGGUGGGAGGAGGGAGGCGCGGGAAGACUAGCGCCACUAUCUUUCCCCGCCCGGAUUGGGCGCCCAGUGACGUAAACUGAGAAUUUGUGCUCUAGGCCACCGCGCGGGGGCGCCCGGUGAACCCUGGGCGGCGUGGAAAGCCUCAUAGCCGGAAACCGCCGAGUUUGGAACCUGGGUUUACCUCCCAAAAGAGUAUUUUUGUUAGAAGAAAGAUGAAUCAUUUCUCAAAAGCAGCAAUUACUGGUGCUUGAAAAUCAGUUCAUCCAAGCUGGGUAAAAGGCCACAGAGUAAUUUUGCCAAGUAUUGAAAAGAAAAAGGAAGCACCACUGUAAGUAGCCAUCAUUCACCUUGUAUCAUUUUCCACGACUGAACAGUUUCAUACGGUAUUUACCCAGGUAACAUCAAACACUUCUUGUUUUGUAAAUUAUAGGGUUUGUGUGUGUUUUAAAAUUACUUUUGAAUUGAAUAAUUAUUAUAAUUAUACUAUUUCAUAGUUUACAAAGCAUGUUAACGCACAUCUUUUUGAUCCUGACACAACUCUGUGAAGCAGUCUCACUACAUUUUAUACGUGAGGAAGCAGCAACUGGGAGAAGGUAAGUGGUUUGCAGAAGGUUAGACAGCUAAAUAAAUGGCAUAGGCUCAGAUUCAAAGGAUUUUUCCCAUACUCCAGGCUUUUUCUACUCUACACAUUGUAGCCUGCAUUUUGCCAGCCAACAGUGAUGGUGACGUUAUACAAAAAUCUCUCUCCUUGCAUGUAGUCCUGUGAGCGGUGAUGACUACAAGGGGGUUGGGGAGAGGGAGAUCCCUGGGACCUGCUAGUUCACAAAAUAAUUCUCUGACCUGCCUGGGCUGAACCUGGUUCAAGCAUAUAUCAGAAAGGAGUUUCUUUCCUAGGGCGUGGGCAUCUGCUCCUUCAAGAGAAUUCAGCCUACUGGAAACUUCGAUGAGUCCACAUUCUCUUUUCUUAGUAUUUGAACUAGAUGGACAGUGUUUUUAAGAACUAACUACAGUGGAAUCAUUUUAGGUCAUGGGUGGUUUUCGAAAACAAGUUUGUCCCCUCACAUAUUACUUACAAUAUUUUAUACACACACACACCCAUUCCUUUUGAUGAUAAAGUUUUAGCCAGGGUGGUUUUUUAAUCUUAAGGGAAAUAUUCUCAAGUAUUUCAUAUCCUCAUUCUAACUGGAUUUUGCAAAUGACCAGUUCCAAUUGCCACAUCCAAAUGUUCCUCAUUAGGUCAGUCUCGCGGUGGGGGAGGGGGAGGUGCAGGAGGAGGAAGCAUAAAUUCAGAGUUCCCUAAGAUUUUAGGAAAAUGAAAAUGACUUCACAGAUCUUAACCUCUUUUUUCUCUCUCUCUCUCGGAAGUCAGAAAGAUAUUGCAGCUCUAACGAUAUAAAGAGCUUGGCUAUCUCAUAUGGACAAAAGAAUAUUUUAUCUCCUAAAGCACACAGUUUUUGCAGCGGGAUAUCGUGUGGCACAUGAAAUACUAAAGAACGUGAGCCCCAUAGAGGCCGAGCUUGUUAAAGAUCCUAGCGUGGAGUGUAAAAUUAGAUUCAGGUUUUCAAAUUGGUGAAAAUUGCCACUUGUUAUGGUGUUUAAAAUUUUCAUUCCCAAAGGAGGCCAGGGUUACAAGUAUUUCAGUGGGAAAAAAUAUAUUCAAGUAGUCAAGCAAGGUGAUGUUUCACAAUGUACAUUUUAUGCAUCCACUGAUGCUUGCAAAGUAAUGGGGAAGAAGAAGUUUCAUGAACAACUUAUGGAAGAUGAAUGUCUUUCCCAGGAAUUCAAAAUAACUGAUGAAACAGACAUUGUCACCUUAUACCUACUGGAUAAGAUCCCUGCAUCUUCUGGUGGAAGAAAUAACAGUUGGAGAAGAGUAUGCCUCAAUGACAUUCCCAGGACAAGGAUGGUGUAUGACAUAGUUAAGUAUGCAAAAUUUGGAAUAAUCUCAAACUGUCUGUGAAAAGAAAUGAAGUAUCUGUUACAGAGACCACAAACAGAAGACAUGCUUCAGGACCAGCUACGUGUUGUUUCUGAAAUAUUGUACAGUUCGUAUGUGUCAAGGAGCCAAACUUUAUAUCGGCCCUACCAAUAGCAAAGUCAGAUUAAACAUCUGGGUUGUCGAUCCAAGCAAGCUGAAAUGAAAGUUGAAAAAAUGAAAAAAGCUUGUGGAAUGGCAAGAGAAAGAAACAUUUCUGUGGGGACUGUAAGUUUAACCUGUACUGAAUUCAUCGUUUAGACAAUAUGCAAACUGUAAAUAAUUCUACAUCCAUAAGUAGAAUUUUUUUAAUCUACAAGUUCAAGGCUGAAAAACCUUUGUUAUUACCUUGGAUGAUAGUAUAAAGCUACAUUUCUCUUGGUAACACAUAUUUUUGAAAUUCUUAAACCUGAUCAAUACCUCAUGAGCUGGCAAAAACAAACAAAAAAAGAAAACAACCCUCUGUAUGUUGACACUGAUGAGUCAACACAGUCCUAAUGGUACAUUUCUCAAAGAGGAAGCCAGUUCUAUCUGAACUUCUUAAAAUCCAUACUGCACAAAUUCUGCUUCAGUAUACUCCUAUGUUGUAGGAAUAUUUACAAUGAACACAUAUAUAUUAAUGUAUUACUUUGUAAUCUGUUAAAAAUACACUACACAUUUUUUGAGAUGAGGCUAAGUAUAAAAAGUCAAAUAUAAAAACAUAAAGUAGUGAAAACCAAAUAUAAAACACUUUCCACUUUUAUGUAUAAUUCUACCUAGGAACCUCAAUGAGAGACGGGAGACGAAAAGUACCAACAGACGAUUGUGUGCUCCUCACCUUUGGACACUGGACAUUAAGGAACUGAAAUCGAAUGACAAAUUGGAAAAAAAACAAAAAGGGACCAUGAGCCUGUCAUGGACAGAUGCGUGCUCAUCAUUUUCCACCACGUCAGUGCACAGCUCAUUAACAGAAAACCAAGUUAUUUCAUGAUUUGCUUAUCUGUCUAUAAGUGAUUUAAAUAUGAGUCCUAAAGGAAAACAGACUAUAAACAAGGCCUCGGUAUGCUUUCUUAACCAAACGCGUGACAGAUUUUUUAAGCCUUUUUGUAUUACCAUGGAUACAAAUAUUUUUUACUGACAGAAUUUUAAUCUGAAUAAAUUAUUUCAACUAGAUGCCCUCCGACUAGCUAGAUACAGUUUUGCUUGAGAAAUGAUGAGUAAAUUAAUCCCUGGAACAUUUUUCAAUUUUUAAUUUUCCUUCAUUGUUAACAAAUAUCUAACCAGGCUAUGUUUAGCAUAAAUAUUAGAGCUCUCAGAAUAAAAGGCUUCUGCAGAGUCAGCCUCCAGUGUCUUUUUUUUUUUAGUAGCACGUUGUUUUUACAGAACAGCUUGUGAUUGACCUAUUCUCAAUUAUAAUAAAAUUAAUAAUGAAUUUGUUGCUACGGCCAGCGUGAUAUAUAGCAUACCUAACCAUUACUGAGCAUCGUAAGCACUUGGGACAGAGUGUUGCAUCUGCUUUAAUGUUGUACUUCAGAUAUUUUUCAAGUAUGAAGACUGUUUUGAAUAAUAUUUAUCAAUUUCCUUCUGAAUUGAUAAGUUCUCCUUCCUGAUAGAGUACAAAUGAUUGAUAUUUUUGUGAUUUAGGCUAUUGAAUUAUAUCAAACCUUACCAGAGACCAUCAUAGUUAAACAAGGUACAUUAUUUAUUUAACUUUAAAAAUACAAUUUUUCAUUUUGUUUAACAUUUAAAAUGUGGAGGUUGAUCACUGAUUUAACUCAGGCAAGCAGCCUAUAAAUGGAUCUCAUUCUCUGCUAAAACAUUCUCUUAAAUGAUAAAGAAUAUUGUAGUAAACGUGUGCGAUUCCCACUAGAAUAUAUUCAACAUAAACAUGCACUCUUCAAUAUUAAUAUAUCCUCAUUUGAUCUCCAAGCGGGAUAGAUAAUCCCCUUGUUUUCAGAGCUUGUUCUGGACACUGGUUGAAUAGAAAACAUGUACUUACCUCAUGAGGCAUACAUAUUCUCAUUUGUUAAAUUAUGAAGCAGUCCCUAUUUCAAUCAAAUGCAUAACAGAUCCAGUCUACCCAUAGUAUGUGCAAUAACAAAGCUAAGGGAGAUUUAAGGUAACAAGAUGAAGGAAAAUGACACAGGAAAAACAGACUAAAGAGUCUGUUCAAGGGCAGCCACUUCUUGUAUUAGCUAUGCCUCUGUCCCAUCGUAAUGCCAGCUGUAUUCCUCCCAGCUGCAGGGGAGGCCAGGAAAUAUACUCUUAUUUUGGGCAGUUAUGUAUCAAACUAAAAUUCUGUUGUUGUAAAAGAAUAGGAUA